CCGCUGCCUCCGCCCCUCCCUUCCACUCUCCCUCCCUCCACCCGUUCUUUGUCUCCCGCCUCGUCGCCACGCGCCCUCCGCGUUGCCUCUUCCCUGGGGACCCCCGCGGAUCCCCGCAGAAGCGACGCUACGAGUAUCUGCCUGCGGGGCGGAGACCCCCCCGCAUCCAGCCGGGCCUGGCAGGGCGGGAGGUGGUUCCUCUCCUCCUCUCUCUCCCUCUCCCUCCUCCUCCUCUCUCUCUCACACACACAUACACACACGCGCGCACACACACACACACACGCGCGCGCACACGCACAGAGCAUCCUCCCAGUCAGAUCUCCUGGUCCUGCCCCGCCCGCCUCGCCUCCUGCUUCCUGCAAACCUUCUCUCUCCGAAAUAUCCACCCCGCCACGUUUCCUCCGGUUCCAGGACCCCUCUCGCUGACCCCUACCCCUAUUCUUGGGAUGGAGCGGAUGGAGCCAGCCCGGAGCCCCCCGCGGCCGGGGUGACAGCCCCCCAACCCCCCUGCCCCUCUCCCACCUGGUCCCCGCCCCAAGCACCAUGGGCCUGAGGGGGUUCCGAGGCGCCAGAUGCUGAAGAUGACAGAUGCCGGAGCUCUCUCGAGUCAUGGCUUCUUCAAAGCUCCGAGAACCUGUGGACGAGGUUUUUGACCUGGACUUGGCAGUGCCAGAAACCGUCAGACUGGACAGCAGUUUACACAAGGCCCGGGCCCAACUACUGGCCAAGGGCCGAAGACACCGGCCCUCUCGCUCCAGGCUUCGGGACAGUGCCAGCUCUGCAGAGGAUGGUGAAGGCUCCGAUGGGCCUGGAGGCAAGGGAGCCGACGGCUGCGGGAGCCCCCUGCACCGGCUGCGCUCGCCUCUGCACUCGGGCCCGGGGUCCCCAGCGGGGGGCUCCUUCUGCCUGGAGCCCCCGGGAUUGCGGCGCAGCCUGGACGAGGACGAGCCGCCGCCUUCACCGCUCGCACGCUAUCGGCCCCUGCACAACGCCGCCUCGCACGAGGGUCUGGCCGCCGCCUCCGGCUCGCCGCCCCGCUCCGCUGCCUCGUCCGACAGCUCGCCCAGCUUUGUGCGCCGACACCCUCGCGCCGAGCUGCACAGCGAAGAUGACAGCCGGGAUGCCAGCCCACCUGAGCCCGCCAGCCCUACCAUUGGCCUGGAUAAGAAGACUCGCCGCAAGUUCCUGGACCUGGGGGUCACCUUACGCCGAGCAUCCACUAGCAAGAGCCGGAAGGACAAGGGCAGCAACCGUCUGUCCAUGGGCAGCAGGGAGUCGGUGGAGGGAUCCAGCAGGUCAGGGGGCUCCCCGUUCCUGCCCUUUUCCUGGUUCACAGACAGUGGCAAAGGCUCCGCAUCUUCUGGCAGCACCACCUCCCCGUCCUGCUCCCCUAAACGCGAGGGUUUCAGCCCUAAGAAGUCAGCUUCUCAGGAAUCCACCCUGAGUGAUGAUUCCACACCCCCCAGCAGCAGCCCCAAGAUCCCAAGUGGUCCCCGGCAGGCGGCCAAGUGUUCCUACCCCUACCACACUCUGUCCCAGUCUUCUGAUGAGUUUCUGGAUGAGCCUCUUCCCACCGUCUACCACUGGACCAGUCAGCAGGUGGGCCGGUGGCUGCAGAGCCUCAACCUGGAGCAGUAUGCUGCUGAGUUUGCUGCGCGGCAGGUAGAUGGGCCGCAGUUGCUGCAGCUGGAUGGAAGCAAACUGAAGAGUCUGGGGCUCAGCAACUCGCAUGAUCGGGCGCUGGUGAAGCGGAAGUUGAAGGAGCUGGCGGCGGCAGCUGAGAAGGAGCGCAAGGCCCAGGAGAAGGUUGCACGGCAGCGUGAGAAGCUCCGGCGCAGGGAGGAGGCCAAGAAGAGCUAGGGAGACGGGCGGGCAGGUGCUGGCACCCGGCUCGGGAAGCUGCUGGGCUCUGCGGGCACAGGCCGCCUCAGGAGGCAGGGCCUGGGCACCAGGCUUGGGUUGGCCUGGCUCCAUGCUCUCAGGAGGAACAGCCCUCUCACCCUGUCAUCUGUCUGGACCCAGAUCCCUCAGAAAGAGAGACCCAGGGGAGAGGACCCAGUAAUAAAUCCCCUUGCAAGGACUUUUUGGCACAAAGUUCCUGGGGAAGUGGCAGAUUAUGGGCAGAGAGGCCAGGGCUGAAGCAAAUCAGGGAGCCCAGAGGUGCCUGAGUGAUUCUGACCCUGUUCCCUCAGGCCAUGGGGGUCCUGGGGCUGCCAGUGAACUAGGAGGCCUGCAUACCUUCCAGAGGCCCCAGGCUCAGAGAUAUGCGCUGAGCCUCUCUGCAGCAGCAGGUGGAUAAAGUAGUUCCUUUCCAGCUCUCCCAGGUGACUGUAUGUCGAGAGCUCUGCAGGAGGCUGGUGGGCCUGCAGCGAGUUGCACUCGAAGUAAACUCCCAGUCUGCACUCCUCAACAGGAGAGCAGAGAAGGCAGCCCAAUUAUCCUGCGUAAUCUUUGCAAGGGCUUUAGAAGGAAGUGGGGUUCUCAGUGGUAAGAUGAUGCCCUUGCAGGUCUGGCCCUCCUGAGGCCCACACAAAGCCUGGGUUUUGACCGACUCUCCAAGUUGGGCCCACUUCUGCUGCUCCUGCAGGGGCCACCUGGAACCUCCCUGAAGAUGGCAAACUUGGGAACUGGUGGGGACAAAUGACACCCCCAUCAAUACCUAGAUGGCCCUUAACUGGUGAAUUUUCAUCCCAGCCAGGCAGAGAGGCAAAAUCUGGGAGCCCCCCUGAAAGCUGCUAAAUUGAAAGGUUCAUCAGCCCUCCCCAACCUGUCCUGGUUCUUAUCAGGGCCUCCGUGGGCUCCAGAACUGGCAGACAGGAAGGGUGGGGUCCGCUCCCUGGGUGGGGGUGGAAGCCAUCCCAGCAGCCCAGGGAAGGUGUCUGUCCUUCUAGGGUGUGUGUGUUCAUGUCCAGGCAUGGUGCUGGCCAGCCUUUGCAGCACUGGCCAGAGUUUGCAGUAAGGUCAGAGGCCUUAGACUAGAAACCUCCCUUCACCUCCUCCUACCAGCGUGGAGCAGCAGACAGGCCCCCAUACACCCACUCCCCUCGCUCCAGCCCAAGGGCUGUGGCUGUGACCCCUGUUCUCUCUCAGUUCUUUUUUCCUUCCUCCUGUCUGUGCUGGGACAGGGGCUUCAGAGGGGGGACUGGACAUGGGGGCACUAGUACCACCUGGGCCCCAGAGGGGCUGGUGGGGAGGAUGGAAAGCUCCCAAGUCCUUGAAGCCAUCAGGAGCUAUCUGGGCGCCCACCUGCAUGUGAAUGGGGAGGCGGCACUUAGAUUCUCUCAAUAAACGCUUAUGAUGUGCCA